AUGGCAACUGUUGCUGCUGGCUCUGGCUCUCCUUGUGGUGCAUGCAAGUUUCUAAGGAGAAAAUGUGCCGCAGAUUGCGUCUUUGCACCCUAUUUCUGCUCGGAACAAGGACCCGCACGGUUUGCUGCCAUUCAUAAAGUGUUUGGUGCAAGCAAUGUCUCCAAACUAUUGCUUCAUGUGCCCGUGGCUGACCGCUGUGAGGCCGUUGUAACCAUCGCUUAUGAGGCUCAAGCUAGGAUCAAAGAUCCUGUUUAUGGUUGUGUUGCACAUAUCUUUGCCUUGCAACAACAGGUUGCAUGCUUACAAACACAGCUGAUGCAAAUGAAAGCUCAAAUGGUACAAGGACUCUACAAUUCAAGAAACAUAGAGACUCAAUGGCCAGGAUCAGAAGUGUACCAAAAUUAUCCACCUUUUACUGAUUUUAUAAACGGAAACAUAUCGCCUCAAAGCUCACUCGAGUCCAUAAAUGAAGGAAUAGGGGUUCAAGAGAAACAAAAUAGAGAUGAUCAUGAUCAUGAUCAUUAUCAUGACAUAUCUUAUCAACAGUUUUGCAAAAAGAGACCCUUCCCAAGUGAUUUGGGUGAGCUUCAAGAACUUGCUGUUAGAAUGAUGAGGAACUAACUGAUCAUUCACUUUCUAUACUUAGUAACCCUCCAGAGCCAGUUUGCAUCUUAUGAUCAUCAUGUUUAUUCAUCUUGUCGAUCAUCAUAUAUUACGCUAAUGCAUGCUUUUAAACCAUAUAUGUAUAAUGUAUAUAGGGUUGAGUUAGAUCUUAAAUCAGGCUUCAAGAAGUUCCAUAUAUGCUAUAAAGCCUAAGUUAUGAAACUUUUUUUUUUCCUAUAUCUAUGCAUAUCUAUUGGGGCUAGAUAGAGUUGAAAAAUUGAUAAUAAGGACAAUAA